AUGACCAAUUCGCGGGAGGGGCUCCGUACCCUGCAGGGCCGGCUGGAGUACGUGGAGCGUCGUGAGAAGGAGCGCGAGCAGGACCUGUACGAGCAGCUGAGGGAUCUACAGCUGGAGCUCUCACAGGUGCGGGACGACUUUGGCGCCGCCGAGACGGCGUGCCGACAGGAGAUGUCACGCCUGCGGCAGGAGUGGCAGACCACAACUGUGGCAGCGGCGGAGGCGCAGAAGAAGGCGGAGGCCAUUUGGCGCGAUCUUGUGGCGGACGAGCGGGAGCGCCUCGUGACGGAGCAUCGGCAGCGGGAGCGGGAACGAUUUGACGCCCUCCAUCGAGUAGUGGGAACCCUUGCUGAGGCGUUGGCUGGCCUCUCAGACACUGUGUCGGUGAUCAGCACGGGGAACAGCGAGCUUUCAGCACAAGUCGAGCAGGAGUUGAAGCAGCACCGAUCAUGGUUGGAAAGGCACAAGGGCGAAGAGGCCGGAUUUUUAAAGCUUUUUAAGGAGACUUGUACGCAGCUGCAGGACGCCCUUUGUUCUGAGCGGCGGGCGCGGGAAGAAAGUAUGAACCGUAUCGAGGAGUUGCUGACACGCCGUGAUGAUGGUGCUGCUACGGCCCCCGCCUCGAAGAUUCACCGUUUCUAG